ACCCUGGCUGAGGCAGCAGCAGCAGCAGCAGCACCGCACCAGCAGCGCCGCCUCAAAGGAGCUCCGUGCUGCUUGACGCUCGACUCUCCGCUCCUCUUCUGCUCCUCCAGGGUUAGAGAUGCUCCGGCUCGGCGGCAGGAUGUGCGGCUUCUCGGCCCUGCUCUCGGUGCUUGUCGCCGGGCUCGCGGCGGCGUCUUCGGAUCUGUUUGACAACCAACUGGGCGACAUCAAUUACUGCAAAAAGCAAUGCCAGCUCACCAUCAAAAACAAAAGCCCUGCUAAAGACUCCAUAAUGAACGCCUGUCACCGCGGCUGUCGCCUCUACUCCAUCUGCCAGUUUGUAAAUGGCAACGCCGGCUUCAAUACCAGCAGGGAGGAGUGUCAGGGAGCCUGCCAGGAGGCAUAUAUUAAGCUGCUGGAGCAGGAGGCCUGCUGCACCGGCUGUGCCAGCCAACCCUCUGAACCUGAGAUCAAGAGGAGGAAGCUCAGGGCCAUGACCCUCCGCCCGAAGCCCCCCUCUGUGAUGGAGGCUGUGUCCAGCUGGUGCAACGACAUCGUCAGCUCUGCUCAGAGCUUCAUCUCCUCCACCUGGACUUUCUACCUGCAGGCUGAUGAUGGCAAGGUUGUGGUUUUCCAGAGCCAGCCGGAGAUGGAGUACUCCCUGCCCGAGCUCCAGGCUCCUCGAUCCAACGUGGCAGACAAACCCUGGCCUCAGGUCCACUCCCACACCCAGAGACCCCACGGUGUGAGGGCCCAUGGUGAGAGGGGAGCAGCCAAAGCAGGAGGCAAAGGGAAGCACCCUGUCCAGCACACAGACGACCCCACAGCCGAGCACGACUUCCUCGGCUGCAUGUCGAGACGUUCAGGCCUUCCACGUUGGAUUCUAGCUGCCUGUCUCUUCCUGUCCAUCAUGGUCAUGUUGUGGCUCAGCUGUGCCAGCCUCGUCACUGCACCGGAGCAGCACAUCAAGACGCAGCUGAGUAUCAACGGAGAUAAAGAGUUUCUGGACAAUGCCCACAAAGUCAACCCGUACCACCUGAGUCCUGUGAUCGCUGUCACCAUGAAACAGUCGGAGGAGAGCCAGGAGGCGGGGCCGCUGCCGGUGAAAGUUGACCUCAACAAAACCUGUGUUUAGAGGAGGACCAAUGGGAGAGCUGCUGUCUUGUUUCCCCGGGUCUGAAAUAUGUGGCCUGUCAGUGCGAGGGGUGAAACAAACACACCACGGGACUCAAGCAGUCACCAGAAUUUUUAAAAACGUAUUUUUAAGAGCAUGGCACACUCCCGUCAUUUAAAAUUAUGAUACUGAAACAUCUAGCUUGGUCUUGUUGGUCUGAUGGCAUUUCAUUUAACUUGUACAGCCCAGAUUACUUCAAGUCCAUCCUCAGAUUAUUCUUAACGAUCCGCCUGCUCAUUGCUUAGCGAUAUGUCUUGUUUCAGAGCCACGCAGGAGACAAGCAGACAGGAUUAUAGCCGAGAGCUUUCAUAUCAUUUUUCAUGUCUGGCGUGGACGAGAGAAGACAAACGCUGAGAUUCAUUCUAGAUUUAAUUUUGCCUCGUUCUCACAGGGAAAUUGGAUUAAUUGAUGAGUUGCUGAGAGCAAAAAAUGGAAAUGAAGAUGGAUGGAAGGUGGGCUAAACAUUUUGUGAGCACUGCAGGAAAUAUAGGAAAUUCAAUGUUUUCCCAGAGAAACAAAGGUAUAUCCGAAAACUAAAAUACAUCUUUUUUCAACCUAUUCCUCUGUGUGUGUGUGUGUGUGUGUGUGUGUGUGUGUGUGUGUGUGUGUGUGUGUGCGUGUGCGUGUGUGUGUACAUCUUCAACAGCACAUAAAUACUGAAAACUGGUAAAUUCAAAACUGUAACUGGAUUGAAAACUGGACGCUCUGUCUGAGAAUGAGCAAAAUAAACGCUAUUUAUUUUCCACUCUAUUUAUUCAGAAUCAUCAACAUCUGUUAAAUAGUGUUAUUGAAGUGCCAUGUACAGUUAAUUCAUCAGACAAAUGUAAUUGAUCUGUAUGUAAAAUACAUAAUAACACAGAUUGGAAAGAGACACAUAGAGGGGAGAUUGCACCUAUUACUGUAUUAUUAUUAUUAUUAUUAUUAUUAUGAUCAUAUUAUUGCUCUUAUAUCACUUCAAGAGUUCUUAGCUGUUAUAUGUGCCACACGCUUUCUAAUAGCUGACUAUUUUGUAUGUCCUAGGAGCACACACUGAAAGAUAACCUCUGUAACAAAGUGUAAUGCAAAGCUUUUAACAUAGACCGUUGUUAUUAACAGACUGACAGUCUUAGAGAAGAUCUUCUGUUUCCCUCUCAGUGCUUUUGAUGUCCUGUAACGCUCUCUUUUCAUCCAGGCUGUGUAGACAAUAAGCCAUGCAUGCAAGUGACGCUUCAAUAGUUUAGCCUAACCGCCCGCCAUGCCAGUAUGGCGAGACUCUACUGUAGACUUGUGAUUUUUUGUGUUACUAUUUACUGUAAGCAUUGAAUAGAAUGUGUAAUAAUGAAUGACGGUAUCCUCAUGAUUUACAGGAAGGACUCCUUAAUCAAAAAGCCAUUAAAUCGAUAUCUGUGACGGUUCAAACUGAAGGUAUAUUACCAGGAGUAUGAUAUGAAUUUCAAACUGUAUUGUUUCCUUUUUACUGGUCUGCUUAUUUUCAAUGAAAUUAUACUUACAACAUGAUGAAAUAAA